GAUCACAGCGAUGGGUAUCCUAUGUCCUUGCCUUUCAGGGUCAGCCACAGAAUCCAGUUGGUUUGUCUAACUUUGUCCUGGCUUUCCCUACCAAACAUGAGCCGCUUCUAUGACAGCAUCGAGCCCAACGUGAUCAACGAGGAGAUGCUGCAGAAAGCAGUGGAGGAGCAAGGGCCUCAGGAAGAAGCAGGCCAGCUGGCCAAGAAGGAAGGCAUCAAUUUCAAAGAUGUCAAAGCCCUGCAACUCGAUUUUAGAAAUAUCCUGAAGAUCGACAAUCUUUGGGAGUUUGUGAACCUCACAAAAUUGCAGCUAGACAACAAUAUUAUUGAAAAGAUAGAAUCACUGGGCUUACUGGUUAAUCUGGUUUGGCUAGAUUUGUCCUUCAAUAAUAUUGAAGUCAUUGAAGGCUUAGACGCUUUGGUUAAAUUGCAGGACCUUAGUUUGUACAACAACAGAAUUUCCAAGAUUGAGAAUCUGGAUACCCUGCUAGAACUCCAAGUCUUCUCUAUAGGAAACAAUAAUAUCCAGGAUCUGGAAAAUGUGAUCUAUCUCAGGAAGUUCCAAAACCUGCGCACCUUGAACCUCACUGGGAAUCCGGUGUGUGACAAUGAACUGUACUCCAUGUUCAUUGCUGCUUAUCUACCAGAUCUUGUGUACCUGGAUUUUAGACUGGUGGAUGGUAACAUGCGAGAGAUGGCCUUGAUAAAAUACCAGUAUGCCAUAGAGGAGAUGAAGCACGGAGAAACGCUGGCCUUGAUGAAGCAGAAGGAGAGAGAGGCCAGGGAAAAGGAGGUGGAGUACCAUAAGUCUGCCUACGUGGAGUAUCUGGAUGGGUCUUUUCUCUUUGAUAGCAUGUUUGCAGAAGAUCCUGAAGCACCUAAGCUGACGUACCUUCCCGGAGUACCAGCACUGUUAGAGACAUACAAGAAUAAAUUUGUAGACAUCUGCAAAACUCUGUUUGAAUACGGCCUGCAGCAGCAUGAAAAGCGAGAGGCUGAGAUCGCCAUCUUCUACGAGUGCCUCAGUGAAGCCCUGCAAGACAGUCAGGACCAGGGCACCAGAAUCAUUCAGGACUUUGAGAAGAAGAACUGUGGGACCAUCGAUGCAAUUCAGAGCCUCAGUAACACCCAGAUUGCUGAGGUAAGGCUGGUGGAGUACAACGAAGAAAUCACGAAGCUCUAUGAAACACUGAUGACCCUGGAGAUGCAGCUGGUUGACCAGUUAGAGGAAGUUAUAAAAGAUUUUGAAAGGAACAUCGCUGAUCUUGUGUCAAUCUUUAUAGAGAAUGAGCAAGGAUUAAUGGCUCAGUGCCGGGAUCUUGAAAACCACCAUCAUGAGAAGCUCUUGGAAAUAGCCAUCAACACGCUGGAGAAGAUAGUGAAGAGCGAGUAUGAUGAGGAAAUGCCGGAUGAUGUCCGCAUGCUCUUUGUGGACAAAGACACCAUUGUCAAUGCAGUCAACGCCUCCCAUGAUAUCCACCUCCUGAAGAUUGACAACCGGGAAGAUGAAAUCAUCACCAAAGCCAAUAACAGGAUUUACACUCUGAUUGAAAAGGUUCACAAGGAUGAAAUCCACCGAAACCGAAGCCGUGUGCUAGAAAUCAAUCACUAUAUCGAUCAUGUCCGCAGCGAGCUGGACAACUUGGACAUUCUGGAGCAGUAGCUGCUUUUAGUACUAAGCUGUGCAAACUCCAUUUUUGGCUUUAGAUUCUGCAACUAGCA